CGCCCAACAAAAUGAGAGAAUGAAGGAGACAGUUGUCAAUGGUAUCAUUUCCCCGUAAAACACAUAACUAUACCAUCCAAUCACCUUCUUCUGCUUUGGUAACUGCACAGAGAAAGAAAAGAGAAAUCGGUUUAAGGGGUCGAGGGUGCCAUAUCACCGGUCGCUCAUCGGAAUCCGGCGAACUUCAGAUCGCUUUUCUUGCUUCUCCGAAAUUUGUAUCUAGGCGGUCUUUGGAGGCAUUUUGUUGUAGGUUGUUAUUUCAUGGGAGGUGUGGAAGAUGAAGAACCAGCUACGAAAAGAACGAAAUUGUCACCUAACAGUUCAUCUUCUAUGGAGCACGUUGUAGGCUCAACAAGUGACUUGAUGGCUCCGCCCCUAUCAGCCGAAGGGGACGACGAAGUUGUUGGCACAAAAGGGAGCUUGAAAAGAAGGGAGUUUGUAAGGAUGAUCACCAAAGCGAUGUAUUCUCUUGGUUACAAAAAGAGUGGGGAACACCUAGAGGAGGAGUCUGGCAUACCUUUGAAUUCGUCUGCGGUAAAUCUGUUUAUGCAGCAAGUACUUGAUGGUGAUUGGGACGAAAGUCUAGCCACAUUGAAACAAAUUGGUCUAGAAGAUGAAAGCAUUGUUAAGGCUGCCUCACUUUUAAUAUUGGAGCAGAAAUUUUUUGAGCUUAUUGAUGGGGAUAAGGUGAUCGAGGCAUUGAAUACAUUGAGGAAUCAGAUAACACAACUUUGUGUUGAUAGUACUAGAAUUCGUGAACUUUCUUCCUGCUUCUUGUCACCCUCUGGCCAAGGUGGUUCUUCUGGGCGAGAUUUUGUAAGGGCAAAAACUCGGUUGAAACUUCUGGAGGAGCUACAAAAACUGUUCCCCUCGACUGUAAUGAUACCUGAAAAGAGAUUAGAGCAUCUAGUUGAACAAGCCCUCACCAUGGAACGAGUAGCUUCCUUGUGUCGCAACGUGUUGGAUAAGAAGAUGUCGUCAUGUUCAGACGAUUUUGGACAAUCUCAGAUACCUACUAAUCAAGCUUACACUUCUGUUGCUUCUGAUGAUAACGAAUCGGUUAACUUGUCCAGAGCUGAUUUUGGAAGAUUUGUUAGUACCGCUGAAAGGGUGGACAAGCUAGAAGAAAAAUACAAAAUGUUAUUGAGCAUGCUUUCUGAACUCAUAAGCCUAUUUCGAACCCCUCCUCCUCAAUAGAUUUUAAAUUAUGUUUAUGUUUUGAUUUUUAUCAAGGAAUUUUGGAUUUUAUGACAAUGUGGUCUUUAGUUUUACCAUCUAUCAAAGAAUUUUGGAUUUUAUGACAAUGUGGUCUUUAGUUUUACCCUCUGAAGCAUGGGUACUCGUAGAAAGAUGAAGUACCCAUACCGGAUAUGCGUACGGUACUUGUGAAACUCCAUUUUUGUUCAUUAUUCUAUUCUAUUGUGGGUGAAAAAUGUGGCUUUCUCUCAUAUAUUCACUUGAUAAUAUAGUAUUAUGUGUGCAUGA